CUACCCCAACUCCCAAUCCUCCUCCCAUCAUCCCACCCUCUCAUCACCCACAAUGUCCCUCCCAACGCUGGCGCGUACUCUGCGCAUAACAGCGUCCACAAAACCCACAGCCAUCAACCUCACCCUCACGCGCACCCUCACCACAACCCGCCACCACCAAGCAACCCAACCAUCAGCAGCACGCGCGCGACCCAACCAUUCUACCUCCAACAACAGCAACAGCAACAGCAACAGCAACAACAGCAAUAGCAACAGCAACAGCAACAGCAACAACCCCACAAAACCCACCUCUCCCUCCCCCAACAACACCACCACCCAACAACCCCAACCAAACCACCCCCAAAAAAUCACCCCCAACCUCACAACCUCCGGCCUGCGCGACCAGCCCCAAUCCCCACUCCCGACCCCCACCGACAGCGCCCCAAGAUCCGAGGACCGAAUCGACUGGACGCGCUCCUUCCACGGCCUCUCCGCGGAGCCCUUCCCCAAGGAAGCGGCGGACAUCCUGCUCGCGCCCACCGACCCGGAGGAGGUCGAGAUCAAGCCGGACGGGAUCCUGUACCUGCCCGAGAUCAAGUACCGGCGGAUCCUGAACCGGGCGUUCGGGCCGGGCGGGUGGGGGCUCGUGCCGCGGAGCGAGAGCAUCGUCACCCCCAAGAUGGUGACGCGCGAGUAUGCGUUGGUUUGUCAUGGGCGGCUCGUUUCCGUCGCCCGCGGCGAACAGGAUUACUUCUCCCCGGACGGCAUUCCCACCGCCACGGAGGGGUGCCGCUCCAACGCCCUGGUGCGCUGCUGCAAGGACCUGGGCAUCGCCAGCGAGCUCUGGGAUCCCCGCUGGAUCCGCAAGUACAAGGCCCAGUACACCCGCGAGGCCUUCGUCGAGCACGUGGUCAACAAGCGCAAGUCCAAGAUCUGGGUCCGCAAGGACGAUGAGGUCUCUUACCCGUGGAAGGAGACGAAAUAGGGCCUGUCCAAACCUUCUUCUCCGCUUCUCCAUCUUCUCGGGGUUCCGGUGGUGUUGGCUGUAUGUAUUAUGGACUGUAUGAUAGAUUCAUGGACGGCAAAUAUCUAAGAAAGGAAUUACAAUAUCUCUUCGG